AUGGACGAAGCAUGUCGAACGACCACGAUACGUUCGUUUGGUCCUUUGGCCGCAGGUUGUAACGGCGUCUUCAACUUCACCCUUCUUUUCGAAGAGACGAUUCUGGGCCUUUUGCCCAUGCUGCUAGCGCUGCUGCUGGGUUCGUUCCGACUGCUGGCGCUGCGUAGAAGGGAAAAGCUGCUUCCCCGAAACUUGCAUUUGUAUCUCAAAACGGCAUCAUGGGCCCUCCAUGUGGCAUUGGAUCUCACUUUGGCGUUGGUCAUCGCCCUCUCGCCGUCUGUGCGGGCGACAUCUGCUUCGACGGCAGUAUCUGCCGUUGGCAUCGUCAGUUCUCUGGCGUUUCUUUGGCUGGCAGCCACCGAACACGUGCGGUCGCCGCAUCCAUCAGCCAUCUUGACACUAUAUCUCCUCGCUUCCAUCCCUCUGGACAUCCUUCGAGUACGUACACUAUGGUUUCUCGACGAUUCGGUCGUCGCUGCCAUUUUCACCACGCGCCUGGUUCUAAAGGCUUGGCUCUUUGCCCUGGAGAUGAAGGAGAAGCGUGAAUCAUUGAUCAAGGCGAGACACGACUUCACAUCUGAGGAGACUGCUGGGAUUAUCAACCGCGCGUUUCUCUGGUGGCUGAAUAGGCUGUUCUUGAUAGGAUUCAGGAAGCCGCUGGUUCUUGGUGAUAUCUUUCCUGUAGAUCGAGAGCUCAGAUUCCAGCCCAAAGACUUGAUGUCGCAGAUGCAGGAGGAUCCAGCGCGAUGCCUGCUGCUGGGGCUCAACCUGGCCCAACCUUUGUUGGUCAGUGCCGUAACUUCAUACCUCUCCAGUUCUGAGCGGCCAGUUGGGCAGGGCGCAGGACUCAGCAUCGCCUAUGCGCUGGUGUAUGUGGGCAUCGCUGUUGUUGGCGUCCUAUACCAAUCGAAUGUUGCCCGUCUCAUGACAGCUCUAAGAGGCUCUUUGACGGCACUGCUCUACCGCCGAACAAUAUGCAAGACGGCAUCUUCAUCGACCGACAAAGGUGUGGCGACACUCAUCAGCGCGGACAUGGAAAAGGUUGUGCACGGUUUCGCAGUCGCACAUGAGCUUUGGGCAAACCCCACAGAGAUGGCUGUGUUCACGUGGCUACUCGUAAAGCAGCUACACGUCUCUUCCGUUGCUGGGAUUCUUGUCAUGCUUCUCUGCAUUGGCGCGACACUAACGCUCACGGCCACAGCCAGUGGGCGACAAGCAGUCUGGUUCGAGUCGAUCAAUGAUCGCGUCACGACGACUAUCAACGCCAUUACAUCGAUCAAAGGUGUCAAGCUGACUGGCAACACGGGACCGGUGCGCGAGCGUGUGUCUCAUCUACGAGAUCGCGAGAUCGCACAGUCGCAGUCGUUUCGUAAGCUACUCAUCGGCGUGUUUACAUUCACUUACACAUCAUCUAUCAUGGCCCCGGUCUUUGCCUUUGGCACCUACAGCAUUCUGUCUCUGGUCCGAGACACUGUGCCGCUCACGGCUACAGUGGCGUUCACCUCAUUGACGGCCUUUUCUCUUCUCAGUUCCGCAAUCUCUUCCUGCAUCAAUUGCGUGCUCGCAGUGGUGACAGCCCGGGGAAGUUUAGAGCGCAUGCAAGCACAUAUGAGUACAGAACCGUGCAGCGACGAGUAUGAAAGAUAUGGGUCCGGCAGCCCAUAUGCUAAUAUGGGUGAGAAGCCCAGCAAUGCCGCAAUCAUGAUGUCCGACGUGACGGCCACCUGGAACGCGGACCUGCCGCCAAUUAUAUCUGACAUUAGUCUAUUCCUGCCGAAUUCAAGGCUGACGAUGAUCAUCGGACCCGUCGGCUGUGGCAAGACGACAUUGCUCAACGCCAUACUCGGCGAGGUGCCGUACGCUACCGGCACCAUCACGUUGAACCGAGAUGAGCUCGGCUAUUGCAGCCAGACACCAUGGCUCACCAACGCAACCGCCAGGGAAAACAUCAUCGGCAUGUGCGACUUCGAUGCGACAUGGUACGCCAAAGUCGUCCGCGCCUGUGGGCUGGACCAGGACUUCCAGCAGCUGGCCCGAGCGGACGAGGCCAUGGUUGGCAGCAACGGUACGACAUUAAGUGGCGGCCAGAAGGCUCGCAUCGGUCUCGCGAGGCUCGUGUACUCGCGAAAGCGCAUCGCCGUUCUUGACGAUGUAUGCAGCGGGCUGGACGCGACGACCGAGCAGCAGGUUUGGAGCAGCCUGUUCGGACCAACGGGUCUCCUGGCGCAGCAGGAGACGACGGUGGUCAUGGCAACUAACUCGAUCAACAACUUAUCCAGUGCCGACCACAUUGUCGUUCUUAAUACCGAGGGCAUUGUUGCGUGGCAAGGUACCUACGACGACUUCAGGACAAGCGACGGCGUUCAAGCGCAAGUUCGAGAUGUGGCUACAACGAACUCCAACGAGGAUAGGGAUGGCGAGAUCGCUGGGAUUGAUCUACCUGCGGGCGGCGCGGUGCAGCCACCAAUUUCCACUACCAUCACGGAAGCUAUCCAAUCUGUCGAGCUAUAUAAACCCAGCGACAAGGCCGUCUACAUGUAUUAUGCCAAAGUGAUUGGUUGGCCACGCUGGGCCGUCUUCGCCGUUAUGUGUGUGGUAUUCGUGUUAGGAGUCGCUUUUCCGAGUGUGUGGAUUCAGUGGUGGACGAGUGAGACCAUCACACGAGGAAACGAACGUCUCGCGUUCUACCUUGCGAUAUAUGCGUCCAUGGGGCUGGCGGCCGUGCUGGCUUUUCUCUGUGCCAGCUCAUACUUCAUGUUGAAGAUUGUACCCAGGUCGGCUCGGAAGUUCCACUCCACAUUGUUGGAGACGGUCCUCAACGCACCCAUGUCAUUUUUCGACGUGGUCGACAUAGGUGAGACCUGCAACAGGUUCAGUCAAGAUCUACAGCUUAUUGACACGGAGCUACCACUGGCGCUGAUCAGCACCACCAUAUCCCUCAUCUCGUGCAUCGUCCAGUUCGUCGUCAUCAUCAUCGGGUCGAAUUACACAGGCAUCAUCAUGCCAUUCGUCUUCGUCGCCAUCCUGCUCGUGCAGCGCUUCUACCUGCGCACCUCCCGGCGACUCCGGAUCCUGGACAUCGAGUCGCGCGGACCCGUCCUAUCACAUUUCCUCGACUUCAUUAGCGGCGGGCCCACGAUCCGGGCUUUCAGGUGGGCGGAGCAAUACAUCUCGCGGGCCAACCAGGCGCUGGAGGAAUGUCAGAAGCCCUUUUACGGCCUUGCGUUUGCGCAGCAAUGGCUGAACCUCGUGUUGGACCUGCUCAAUGCCGGCGUGGCCAUCAUCGUGGUCUCCACCGCCGUCAACACAAACCUGUAUAGCAGCGGCCUUACAGGUCUGGCGCUGUUUGGCAUCGUGGGCUUCGGGCAGAAUGUGAAGAGCUUCAUAUCGACGUGGACCGCGUUGGAGUUGGCCAUGGGUGCCGUCGCCAGGAUUCAACACCUCGAGACCACGACAGCCUCGGAGCAUUUGCCGGCUGAGAAGGAAACUCCACCGCCAGAUUGGCCGAGUGCAGGCCACAUUGUCUUCGAAGCCGUGGAAGCCUCGUAUAGGUCUGAUUUGCCACCGGUGUUGAAGGGCAUAUCAUUUCAGGUAUUCCCAGGACAGCGCCUGGGCAUUUGCGGUAGAACAGGAAGCGGAAAAAGCUCCAUCGUGUCAGCGCUCCUUCGCUUGAUUAACACGAGCGCAGGAACGAUAUGGAUAGACGACGUCGACAUCAGCACAAUCCCUCGCAACGAGCUACGACGACGGCUCAUCACUCUGCCGCAGGAGCCAUUCCUCGCGCACGGCACGAUGCGGUCGAACCUGGAUCCCAGCGGCGCACAUACUGACGAGGAGCUCAUCACGAUACUGAUCAAGUUCCGACUUUGGAACGCCUCCAGGUUGCCCGAUGGACUGAGCACGGAAUUGACGGAUGCGUCUUUCUCUCAUGGACAGCGACAACUGUUUUGUCUCGCGCAAGCCACGCUUCGCACAGACGGCAGGAUUCUCAUCAUGGACGAGUCGACCAGCUAUGUGGAUCAGGAGACGGAUGAGCUGAUGCAGCAUCUGCUGCGCGAGGCUCUCCCGCACUGCACGACCAUUUCUAUCGCCCAUAAGAUCCAGACGAUACUCGACCACGACUUGGUCGCCGUGAUCGAUAAUGGUAGUGUGGUUGAGCUGGAUAGCCCUGCGGCGCUGUUGAGCCGGGAGGACUCUAUCUUUUCUGAGCUUUGUAGACUGUCGACUGCACCAAGAUAG